AUGCGGAGCGUGUUUAGAAAUAGAUACAAUCAUUGUACCAAGAUGCCUCGAGUAAGGAGACAAGUGAUCCUGGAGGAUCCAGCUAGGCCCGUUACACCAGACAUGGCGGAAACAAAAUUGUUAAAGUCUGAGUUUCUGGAUGAUGGAUCCUUGGAUGAAGUCCAGCCACAAAAGGUGGCGGAAGAAACACCGAGCCCUCAUUUACAAGAUCAUCAAUACGGACAAACACCUUGUUACCAAAUAACGAGGAAACCCACACAACCACCGCCAAGAACUGAGAUAUCAGUUCAAGCGGUAAAAAGAAGACUGAAUUUGGAGGUAGGGACAACUGGUCCCAGCCAGUCUGCCUUCAAAGCUCCCAGAGGUAAACGUAGAAGAUCCGGUUCGAAUUCUCUAACUGGUCAUACACCCACCAAAACCAAAACUGUAGAAAGGACACGAUAUGAUACCUCUUUGAGUUUACUCACAAAGAAGUUUAUCCACUUAGUUGAGAGCAGUCAGGAUGGUGUGGUCGACUUGAAUGUAGCAUCAGAGAAGUUGGAGGUACAAAAACGUCGUAUAUACGACAUUACUAAUGUUUUAGAGGGCAUUGGUAUCUUAGAGAAGAAAAGUAAAAACAAUAUCCAGUGGAAAGGCGGUCAAUUACCAAAUAAUCGGAAUGAUAUCGCCAAUCUGAGAAGAGAAGUCGCGGAUCUGGAAGCUAAAGAGAAUUCACUUGACCGAUUGAUCCACGGUGCUGAUACGUCUCUACGCGAGCUCUGCGCGGACAGACAAUACGCUUAUGUAACGUAUCACGAUUUACGUUCAGUUUCAAUGUACAAAAACCAAGCUAUUAUGGCUGUGAAAGCCCCGCCGGAAGCUACCCUCCAUGUCCCACAACCUAUCAAUAACUUUGGUCAACAAAAGCUUCAAAUACACAUGAGGUCGCAACACGGAGAGAUAGAAGUGUUUUUGUGUCCUGACGAUCCGGCAGUUAAAACGUCACCUUAUUCCGGAUAUGCGACAACGCAAACUGUGCCUCAAUCAAAAGAACUGUCUGACAUACCUUGUUUGUCUCCUGAAUUGUUGGUUAAGAAAGAAAGCGACGUGCGAGUCGAAUCAGUACCUUCCGAUGAGAGUUCUAUGAAUACUCGUCUGUGUACCCCUGUAACUACAGUUACCAAUAUAACAGGCAUGAAGGAUGCGUUCUUAUGUGAAUCUGACGAUUAUGGACCAAUGGGCGGUGGCAAAUUCCAACUACAAACAGAGGAUCAAAUCAGUACUUCAGAUCUGAAUUCGAUUCUCGAUUUUGGAGAGCAACUGCUGAGUUUGGAGCCGCCUCUCUCUGAAAAUGACUACUCGUUCUCGUUAGGCACCGAGGAGGGUCUAUCGGAUCUCUUCGAUUUCAAAUUCUAGGAAUAUCGUCACUAGCGCAAGAGCAUUCUUAUCUAUUUUGGGCUAUUACUCUGAGUUUGGUACUCAAACGUGGAUGAAAAACUGCUUUGUCAGUUUUAUAAUGCUCCUUCGUGUUAGACAAUAGGUGGUUGGCACUUUUGUUUCCGCGCGUCGAUCUUUGCAAGGAAUCGCAAACAUGCAAAGUCGUUUUUAUUUAUUUUUACUGCUUCGCCGAGCAAACGUUAUUUGAUCUAAAAAGUGAUUCACGUUUUAUGCGUAUGGUUAAUUACUGUGUACAAGCACAGUAACGAAAUGAUUAAGCACGCACGCAUGAUGCAAUUUGUUAAAUAUUGUCGCCUUCUUAAGAAACCAAUGAUAGAUAUAAAUACAAAAAUUAUAUAGAAUAGAUUAUAUGUUUCCGUGAACGAUUUUACUAGUUGAUCCAUCAUCUGUUCCAUGGAGAAAUUACAAAAUGCAAUAUUGUUAUGGAUCCAUCGGAAUAUUUUAAUAUUCUCGAGAUUUUUUUCUUCGCAUAUACAUAUUUUUUUUGUUUCGGAAUGUCGUUUUAAUUGCUUUUUUUCGGAUCGCAAAUUCUGGAUGUAGAGGAAACCGAACCGGAUGAGGCACACGAAAAACAUAUCACGACAUUGUUAACACGUAUUUCCGGCUUGAUCGAUGAUCUGCAUCGAUCGCGUUUGCGGAAUGGAUCGCGAAAACUUUUGAACAGAGAGAAAGGGGUGCGUUUGAAGAGAGCGAAGGCGUUUUUUCGUGCAAUCUGUAAUAAUAUUAUAAAUUGAGCUAAGAGAUAUAGAAAAGAGAGAAUGUAUUCGGGAAUUUAGAGAAGAGAGACUGUGUCGGACAACGAUCUAAUUGCUUUACUUAGUUGCCCGUGAAACGAAUAAGAGGAUCAAGAGCCAUCAAGCUUUUUCUAGUGUAAGAGUCUCAAGUGGGGCGAGAAGAGAAAAAGAGCAAAAUACACGAGAUGACUAUCCGGAUGGCGGUCUCUUCUUAUCAUUCGUGUCAUUAGGACACGGAAUUUUUAAAUUAUAUUCAAGAUUAAAGACUGUCAUCUGGAUGAUGCAUGAUUUUGUAAGAUAUGACGAAUGCAUAUUACCUCGUUGACAAAUUGUUCAACAGUACAGUAGUUUUUAUUCCGCGUACUUUGAUAAUUGGUCGAGUUCUUGGCAAUCGUAACGAGUAUUGAAGUCGUUUUCCUGUUUACAGUACAUUGCUUUAUUGGAUGGGAGCGAAAUGGAACGCGAUGACCAGUGAUUAUUGUUACAGCGAUUAUGUUAUUAGUCGAUUAGAAAGGUCACAUGCUAAUUAGUUUCUUUUCAUCGAUAUAUGGCAAAGAAUGAAGAUAAACUGGAAAUGUAAUAUGAGAGUGUAAAAAAAUGGAAGAUCUUAGGCUAUAUCGUUUAUAUUCGAAUGCGUAUUUAAUUCCGAUUUUCUAACGAUUAUCGUCUAAGAUCCACAUUCAGGACACAUCAGUCUCAUUCUGGAACUGAUUAUGGGGAUUUUCAAAAAGAAAGAGAGAAAGAGAAAAGGAGAGAAAAAGUUUCUCUUACCGGUGAACACUUGAAUCUUGUCGAGAAAAACGCGGUCCUGGAAUUUAGUUCUGUUGAGCGAGAUUCGCGUAGAAAUAUAUAUCUUCUUGUUUCUCGAGAGCUCAAGAAUACACUGGGAAAAUUGUCUCGUCUGGAAGUCUCCCUUAAGGAUGUACUCUAACGUACAACUUAGUGUACGUCCAAAGCCAUAGUGCCUACAAAAUAACGAUCAUACCCUUCUGCAAUUGUAAAUACUUUACAAACAUAAUUAUGUAAGCUCAUAGACACACAUAUGCGUAUACAUAUAUAUUAUAUGUAAGAACGUAAUGAUUCUCUCUCACACACACACGCAGAAAUGGACAGAUGCUGCAAACAUUUAUUACAUGUAAUUAUCGUAAAAAUACGAAUCACACUUAUUUUUAAUAUAUUAA